AUGGACGCCACGAUGGACGACGCUGGCACAACGCUGCCGACAGCCGAGCUCACUUCAGAGCAGAGCGGCAUGACAGACAUCGGCAUGCAGGUGAUUGAAAUCGACUCUUUGAAUGAAACUGUCAGAAUGGAGCUGCGCAAGUCUGAGAUGAACAACGAUGAAACGACAACCCUGGCGCUCAAAUCACUCCUUCCAAGGCUGACUGGCCUUCAGAGCAGCCUACGCAAGCAUUUCGACACGCUUGCUAACCCUCUGAUUCGAAAGCUUCACAUUUUCAGUCUGCCUGAGGAGAUUCUAGUGAUGAUUUGCAAGGAAGUGAGAGGCGACAUCCAACCUGUACGGUUCGUUCGUGCUGUCGCCAAUUUCAAAGACAUCAAGAGUCUUCGUUUAACCUGUCGACGCUUCUGCGGCUCCAGUUCUCAUCUGCUCAUUCACGAGCUCAGUGUAUCACUGACAGAAUCGUCACUCAAACGUCUUCACGAAGUCUCCCUACACCCUGCUAUCUCCAAGGGUGUGCGAAAUCUGCGCAUCUGUGUUGCCCUUCAAAACCCUGCUUCCCCAACAAGCCUGACAAACUUUAUCCACCAAGUUUAUAGGAAACUGAAGAAGGACUAUCAAGCAAGCCUCCUUAAUAUGGUUAAUCACCUGUAUCUUUUCGACGCUGAUGCUGAUUCCAUAGGGAGCAGUUGGAGGCCGGGGUAUGGGCCUCCGAGUUCGUUCUACACAGACCGGUCUAUCAACAAUCUAAGAGAGCACAAGGAAGCUUUGUUGUCAUGCGACAACUACUUGCGAACCAGAGCCUUCUCGUCUAGCGAUGAUGAAGUUAUGAACUCCUUGCUCAAGGUCCACAAAAAGUGCAUCCAGCUUCGCCUAGAUCAGGAGAGGCUGCUUCACUCUGACUUUGCCGCAUUUGCCGCAAGGGUCGCCACAGCAGUGAAGAGGAUGCCCACGAUAACGGAUUGCUUCAUCACUGACCUCCCUGACGAGUUUGAAAAACAGGAGUGGGACGAAACUCUUCAAAGCAAACGCUACUUCAGUGGUAUCCAAGAAGAGUUGCUUGAACCCAAGUUCUGUGAGGUAUCUGAGGCGACUUCGUUGCUAAAACGACCGCUACUCUACCAAUUGCCGGUCGCAGUUGCCCGAGGAGGGAAUCGCCUUACGAAAUUGGAAAUGUUCCUAUGUUCGAAAAAAACACAAAAGGUGGCACUUGGCGAGCAACAUAUCAGGGAACUGGGUGGCGUGGCUGAACACUUGGAGGAACUGUGGGUUACAUGUACUGUGGCCAUGCGAGAUAUUCAUACUGAGCGCAGGGCGGGGGAUCCGGCCACCCUAACCGAGAUGAUGUCCCUACUUUUGCCCAGCAAGAAGCUCAGGUCCGUGAGUCUUUGUUUCCGGAGAGAGGGGGGCGGGCCUCAGCGGUACGAGGCCCACAGUGCUGGGCCGUUGCUCGCGUUGCUUCCUUGGGCCAACCUCAGACGCAUAUCGUUGCAGGGCAUCUCCAUCAACUACAAGGAGUUCAGGGGGUACCUCGAGAAACUGCAGCCCGGGGCUGUCAUCAUGCUGUCGUGUGUGCACCUCCUGAGCGGCCAUUGGGCCGACCUGCUUGAUGUGCUUCGAGAGAAGGCCAACUCCGAGUCAUAUGCGGUUCGAAGUGAUGACCAGGGAGCAUAG